AUGGCGACCCGAGAGGCAGGCAAGAAGAUGAUCAUGCUCAAGUCACCCGACGGCAUGGAGUUCGAGGUGGAGGAGGCAGUCGCCAUGGAGUCGCAGACUAUUCGCAAAAUGAUCGAGGAUGACUGCGCCGACACAGCCAUUUUGAUCCCCAACAUCAACUCCAAGAUCCUCUCCAGGGUCAUCGAGUACUGCAACAAACACGUACCGACCACUGGAGCCACCGGUGCCGCUGCGUCUGACACCGUGGCUCCCGCCGCCCUAGCCGAGGACCUCAAGAUUUGGGAUGCAGAAUUCAUCAAGGUCAAUCGUGCCACCCGCUUCAACCUCAUCCAGGCUGCAAGUUACCUCAACAUCAAGGGGUUGUUGGACCUGACUAGCCAAACGACUAUCGACACGAUUAGUGACAAUUCUCUGGAGGAGAUCCGUAGUUUCUUGAGCACCAAGAACGACUACUUGCCUGAGGAGGAGCAGACGAUCCGCAGGGAGAACCAGUGGGCAUUUCAGUAG